AUGACCACGAUUCCGCAGUGGAGCUCCCCUCUGAAGGGUUUGGAUUCAUUGAAGCUUUCGGAGGCCCCGGCACCCACCCCUGGAAAGGGUGAAGUGCUUGUCGAAAUUCGCGCCGUAUCCUUGAACUACCGCGAUGUUGAAGUCUGUAAUGGCGAAUAUACCCACCACAAGGCCGUCGGCCAGCAGGAAACCGUCCCCUGCUCCGACAUGUGUGGUGUGAUCACGCAGCUCGGCGAAGGUGUUAGCGAGUGGAAGGUCGGUGACCGCGUCCUCUCUACUUUCCUCCCCGAGCACCAGACCGGCCAGGUCACAGAGAAGGAACUCUCCCGGGGUAUGGGCCUGCCUCUACCCGGUGUUUUGACCACGCAUCGCGUUUUUCCCGCCUACGGAAUUGUCCGCGCUCCGAGCUACAUGAGCGACGAGGAGGCUAGCACUCUGCCCAUUGCUAGUGUCACUGCAUGGAUGUCUAUCAAUGGCAUGAGGCCGAUGGGACAGAACGGUGGAGAAGGCGAAUUCAUCGUUCUUCAGGGUACUGGAGGUGUUGCGAUUGCUGGGUUGCAGAUCGGAAAGGCUUCCGGAGCGAAGGUUAUCAUCACCUCGUCCUCGGAUGCCAAGCUCGAGCAGGCUAAGGCCCUCGGUGCCGACUACGUGAUCAACUACCGCACGCAGCCCAACUGGGAAGAGGAAGUGAUGCGCGUGACGAACAACCACGGUGCCGAUAUCAUCCUCGAGACUGGUGGUGCUCAAACCCUUAAGAAGAGCUUCGACUCCAUCGCCUUCGGUGGGCUGAUUGACUGCAUUGGAUACGUGUCCGGAAAGGUUGAUGCGCCGGAGGACCGCACGAACGUGAACUUGUUGGCUCUACGACGCAAUGUGACGAUCAAGGGUAUCAUCAAUGGCCCCAAGGACCGAUUCGAGGAGAUGGUGACCUUCUAUGAGAAACAUCAGAUCAAGCCUGUUGUCAACCGGGUGUUCGGGUUCAAGGAGGCGGAUCAGGCUUUCAAGUUUUUGGCUAGUGGGUCGCACUUUGGAAAGGUGGUUAUCAAAGUUGCUUAG